CCCUUGUGUUUCCACCCAUCGCCAUCAUUCGCCGUUUCACCAAGAAAGCAUCUAAAAUGACAAUGUCCAAUGACAGCAGUAGCACCUACCAACACACAAACUUCGAGCGUGCAGACAUGAAUGACAUAUCUGCAUUAAAAAAGCGAAAAUACGAUGGAAUCCUAGACGAGACAUUGAAUGACUUAAACCCUUCAAAGCGCCUCAAAUGGUCAGACCCAGACAAGUCGGCUCAAUCCGUCGACGAGCAGUCUGCUCUACGGCAACAACAGAUAGUCCUCAAAGCAUACGCAACCCAUGAUCGAAUCUCGAUUUGCCAGAUCCGUAUUGACGAAGCACGACGCGCUGUUGAUUCAUUCAUGGAUAGUGUUGCGUGGAGUGCGAUCUUCUCAUAUCUCACCAAACACAGGCAUUACCCUUGCUUGCUAGACAUGGCAUACCUAUACAUGGUCUUAAGGAAGCUUCAAUCCAUGAACAAAGAUGUCAUGAGUCUUUUUUCAGGGUUGGUGGGUUAUAUUGAGCGUGAUGAACUGGAUGAGCGAUAUGAUAUUUUGUCGGAGCGCAUUGAUAAGAUGUUGGAAAAAGUGGAGCGAGACAUCGAAGCAACUUCACGGCUCAUUCAGGAGAUGCACCAUGUUUUUGUGGUAGGAUCUGGCCGGGAUAUCUAUAACGAAAAAGUUGAUGAAGCUCUGUACCAGGCUUUCACGGGCAUGCUGCAGAUAUUCGGCCCCAGCAGCAACUGA